AUGGAGGAAGAUUUAGCAAAGCAAUGGGAAGGCCUUAGCCUCACUGAGAAGGAAAAAGGAGUAAUGAUCCUGCCACCCAAUUCAACUGCUAAAGCUAGGCAGCAUGGAAAGUUCUGCUUAUUGGCCAUGCUCAUAGCUGAGAGACCAGUUAAUCAAGAAGCUUUCAAAACAACUAUGUCCAAAGUUUGGAGAUGUGAGAGUUGGUUUUAUUUCUCUGAAGUUGGAACCAACAAAUAUCUUAUCGAGUUCAACCAAGAAAAGGACCUUCAGCAUGUCAUGAGUGGCAGGCCAUGGUCUUUUGACAGAUGGCUGUUGUGCCUACAAGUUUUUGAAGGUAACUGGUCCAUUAACGAAGUCCUUUUCAAUAAAGAAGAAUUCUGGGUGCAAGCUUAUAACAUGCCCCUAGCAAGUAUGACACAAGAGGUGGGGUUUCAGAUUGGUGAAAGCCUAGGGAGAGUAAUCACAGUCCAAGCAGAUGAGAGAGGGAUAGGAUGGGGGUAG